AUGUGGCCAAAAUAUAAUUUCUAUAAAGCUGAUCAAAGAUAUAUGGAACUUGCACAAAUGAUUGGACUUAAAUGUAAUACACCAGCAGAAGGAGUUGAAGCAUUUGCUAAAGCAUGUGAAGAAUUAAUGAAAGCUACUGAAACUAUUACAGGAUUCAAACAAGCAAAUAUUGAAGAAUCAGCAUGGAUGAGUAAAGUACCAGAAAUGGCACUUCUUGCAUUUGAAGAUCAAUGUUCACCAGCUAAUCCAAGAGUACCAAUGGUUAAGGAUAUGGAAAAGAUUCUUAAAGCUGCAUAUUAUCCAAUUGCUUGA